GCUGCUCUGCGCACAUCCAGCCUCCAUCGCCGCGCCCCCGGUGCGCCCCUCUGCCGCCAUGCCGCGUGUCCCGCAGCGCUCGCCCACCACGGGCGCCGAGGUCCCGCCGCACUACAUCCACGCCAGCGACGCCUUCUUCCGCGACACGCACGGCCGCGCCCUGCUCCUCCGCGGCGUCAACCUCAGCGGCUCGAGCAAGGCGCCUGUCGGGCAGCCGAGCCAGAAGCUCGCCGGCUUCUGGGAGCGUGCCGAGGCCGGCGGCGACAGCUUCGUCGGCCAGCCGCUGAACCUCGACGACGGCAGCGCCGACGUGCACCUGGCGCGCCUGCGCGUCUGGGGCUUCAACUGCUUCCGCUACGUCUUUACCUGGGAGGCGCUUGAGCAUGCCGGUCCCGGCAAGCACGACCACGAGUUCAUGGACUACACCGUGCGCGUGCUGCGCAAAAUCAAGGAGUAUGGCUUCCGCGUGUUCAUGGACCCGCACCAGGACCUGUUCUCGCGCUUCACCGGCGGCUCCGGCGCGCCGUACUGGGUGCUGCGCGCCUGCGGCAUGAACCCGCGCAACUUGACCGUCACCGAGGCGGCCUUCCUGCACAGCGAGUGGCCCAGCGCCGACAAGCCCAAGCCCAUCGAGUACCCGGACAUGCUGUGGGCGAGCAACUACACGCGGCUCGCGGCGGCCACGCUCUCGAUCCUCUUCUUUGCCGGCCGCGUGUACGCGCCGCUGUGCGUCAUCGACGGCGAGAACAUCCAGGACUGGCUGCAGCGCCACUAUCUCGCCUCCUGCACCGAGCUGGCGAAGCGCAUCCGCGACGCCGGCGACCUAUUCGACGAGUGCGUCAUUGGCUGGGACUCGAUCAACGAGCCGAACCCGACGUACGUCGGCCUCGACGUGCUGGACAAGCUCCCAGAGAAGUGGAAGCUGCGCAAGGGCCCGAUGCCGACGCCGGUGCAGAGCAUGCGCCUCGGCAUCGGCAUGAAGCAGACCGUCGAGCACUACAUCUUCACGUCGCUCGGCCCGAAGCGCAAGGGCGACGUCGUCGUCGACCCGAAGGGCAAGUCGAUCUGGAUGACGCGCGAGGAAGAUGACGAGGCCGGCGGCAGCAAGUGGGGCUGGACGCGCGGCGAGCAGUGGCCGCUGGGCCGCUGUGUCUGGGCGGCGCACGGCGUGUGGGACGACCGGACGGGCGCGCUGCUGCGCUCCGACUACUUCAAGUGGAACUCGACCGAACCGGGCGCCUCGAAGCACGUCGACUUUGUCGCCGAGUUCUGGCUCGCCCAUUGGCGCGCGUACGCGGCGGCGCUCCGGCCAGUGCACCCCGAGGCCAUCAUGUUCCUGCAGCCGCCGGUCUUCGAGCCGCCGCCGCACGAGCUCACGCACGAGGACCUGCAGUCGCGCGCCUGCGUCUCGUGCCACUUCUACGACGGCCUCACGCUCAUCACCAAGCACUGGAACUGGUUCAACGCCGACGCCGUCGGCCUGCUACGCGGCAAGUACUCGGGCAUCGCCUUUGCGAUCCGCGUUGGGUUCAAGGCGAUCCGGCAGUGCAUGCGCGACCAGCUCGGCUACCUGCGCCGCGACACGCUCGACGUGCUCGGCCAGUACCCCACGCUCAUCGGCGAGAUCGGCAUUCCGUUUGACCUGGACAACAAGAAGGCGUACUUUGGCGACGGCAAGGGCAACGGAAUCGGCGACUACAGCAGCCAGACGGCGGCGCUCGACGCCAGCAUCAAUGCGUGCGACGGCUCCAACGUGCUCAACUACGCGCUGUGGACGUACUGCACCGACAACACGCAUCUGUGGGGCGACGGCUGGAACGGCGAGGACCUGAGCUUGUGGAGCGUCGACGACAUCAAGCGUGAAGGGUCGAGCGGCGAGGCCUCGGAUGCUGGCUCAAGCAGCACGGGCGCCGGCACGCCGCUUGACACGCUCGCCAAGAGCACCAGCAACCUGCGCCUCACCGGUCUGACGCGCGCGCUCGAGACGUGUCCCGACGUGGUGCCUGUGUCAGCAUCGGGCACACGGCCGCGCACGCAGAGCUCCGCCUCGACACUCUCCUCACAGCUCGCCGGCGGAUCGACAAGCUCCGCGACGCUGCUGCAGCCCAACGCAUCGGCUUCGAGCUCCAACGCCAAGCUUGGCUCUGCCUCGUCCUCACAGGUGCUGCCGCCUUCGGGGCCAGGCGGAGACCUCGCGGCCUCGCAUGCGCGGCACGACGCCACCGCAGAAGGCGACGAGGAGGCGCCGCAGCUGGCGCCGACAGACAUCGCGUAUCUGUCCAACGGCGCGCGCUCAUCGACAGCCUUCUGCCGGCCAUACCCAGUCGCCACGCUCGGCACGCCGCUCGAGAUCAACUUCGACAUCAAGACGUCCGAGUUCCGCUUCACGCUCGAAGUCACUGCAGAGGACGUGGCUGGCGCGGCAGGCGACUCUGAAGGCGCACUGCCGACGGAGAUCUACGUUCCGUUCCUGCACUACGCGGCCGACGCGGUGGCUGGCGCUGCUGCCGGCGACCUCUUCGACUCGGGCAAGGCUGUGUCGCAAAAGCUGCGCCAGCAGCGCCGACGCGACCUGCGCGUGCCGUCGGUCGGCAGCGGGCACUCGUCCUUCGUCAGCCUGGUGCAGCUGUCGGCGGCAGAGCCUGCGUCGCGCUCCGACGCCACUCUUGCGGCGCCGCCGCAGAUGGCCGGCAGCAGCAAGUACGCCGGCGGCGACGCGCUCGGCACAACGGCAUCGCAGAUGGCCUCGCUCACCAGCAGCGCCGCGGCACGGCGCAAGCUGCUCGCCAACGUGCACCGCGGCGGCACGGCCUCGGCGCCAGGCUCGGGCGCGGCGACGCCGGUGCGCGGAGUGGACGCGGCCGGCUCGCGCGAGAGCACAGCGCCCGAGGCGACGCUCUGCCUCGACGUCGAGGUCUCGGCCGGCAGCUGGGAGGUCGAGGGCCAGUACCUGCGCUGGUACCUGCCCGCCGACGCCGCCGAGGCGGGCAUCGACGGCUUCGGCACCGCGACGGGCGCAGCGACGGCGCGCCACGAGAUCCGCAUCAAGCGCCAGGGCGGGCCCGUGGACCACUCGCGCUCGGCGUCGGCGUGGGACCUCAUCACCACAGGCUGCGGCCUGCUCGGCUAGACGCUCGGCGCCAUCAUCACAUGCUUGUAUCUCUUACGCCAGUCACGUCCCUCUAGCAUUGUACAUCCUCAUCACGGUGCAGGAUCUGAGUGUCUGCAGCGCCUUCGUCUUUGCGCUGCGAAGUGCAGCGCCCACAGCAGGGGGUCUGGAAGACGCAUCAUUCUGCGAGCGAGGCUAACGGUAAGCAAGGCUGCGUGGCUCCGUCACAGCUGGAUCAAGCCCACCGUGACUCGCCUAGCGGUGACUUCCUGCAGGCUCCGAGACUUCGGCCGCGUCCGAGCCGCCGGUCAGGUUCCCUCCUACCUCAGCA